AUGAAAGUCCUCACUUACCAAGUGAACGAAGUGCUUAAAAACUUAUUUGACCAAGGUGGCAUGCUACUUGUGGACUUCAAACUUGAGUUUGGCGUAUUCCACGACCGUAUUGUUCUUGGUGAUGAGUUCUCUCCAGACGGUUGUCGUCUAUGGGACAAAGAAACCAAGAAAAAACUCGACAAAGACCGUUUCCGUCAAGGUUUAGGUGGUGUGGUUGAAGCUUAUGAAGAAGUUGCUGCACGUUUAGAAUCUGCGUAUGCGCCUUUUGAAUAUAAAACACCAGACAAUAAGUUGGUCGGUUUUGACAUCGACUUGGGCAAUGCCAUUUGUGCCAAAUUAAAAGCCAAAUGUGUGUGGGUAGAAAACUCCUUUGAUGGAAUGAUUCCUGCACUCAAAGCGAAGAAAUUCGACGGUAUUCUGUCUUCAAUGACGGUCACUACGGAUCGCGCAAAACAAAUCGCGUUUAGUAAUAAAAUUUACAACACGCCUACCCGCAUGGUUGCGAAGAAAGGCUCUCCUUUACUCCCUACGCCUGCAUCCCUAAAAGGCAAACGUGUGGGUGUACAACAAGGUACGAUUCAAGAAGGCUAUGCAAAAGCCUAUUGGGCACCUAAAGGUGUGAAUGUGGUUCCUUAUCCAAACCAAGACGUGCUUUACCAAGACAUGGUUUCGGGACGUCUAGAUGCAACAUUACAAGAUGCGAUUAUGGUCGAUGCAGGUUUCCUAAAAUCGGCGAAAGGUAAAGGCUUUGCUUUUGCAGGCAAUAAUGUGGUCGAUGCCAAAACACUCGGUGUAGGUGCUGCAAUCGGCUUACGUAAAGAAGAUGUCGAUCUGAAAAAGAAUAUUGAUAAAGCCCUGCAACUUGGAUUGAACUCGAUUACCGAAUCGAUUCAUAUGGAGCAAAUUGACAUCAAUCCCUUUGUGGCAGGGGUGAUUACUUUAGCCUUUAUUUAUGGGGCCUAUUUUACUGAAACCUUCCGUGGCGCAUUUCAAGCCGUCCCCAAAGGUCAACUUGAAGCUGCAUAUGCCUAUGGCAUGACCCCAUUUCAAGUCUUCAGGCGUGUCCUCUUUCCACAAAUGAUGCGUUUUGCCUUACCGGGGAUUGGUAACAACUGGCAAGUCCUCAUCAAAGCCACUGCCUUGGUGUCCUUAAUUGGUUUGACCGACAUCGUCAAAAUUACCCAAGAUGCAGGUCGAAGCAGCAUGCAAGUGUUCUAUUUCAGUAUUGUUGCAGCCGUCAUUUAUCUGGCCAUCACCACCCUUUCGAAUUUGAUUCUCAUGUGGCUGGAACGUCGUUAUUCUGCUGGUGUGAAAAAGGGACAACUAUGA